UUAAGUGACACGUCUGUAAUGUUAGGCCAAGUGAGGAAAAUGGUUUUUACUCUCAUAAUUUUCUUAUACUUUCAUAUUUUCAUAAUAUUAGGAGAAUCAAACGAAAUUCGUAAUGCCAGUAUUGUUGAUGGAAUUGAUAUGUCUAUUUAUAUGAAAUAUGAAGAAAUUACAACAUUUUUACGCAACUUGGAAAAGGAGUAUCCACAAUUAGCAAAUGUUUAUUCAAUAGGGAAAAGUGUUGAAAAUCGGGAUUUGUUGGUUGUGAAAAUAUCCAAUAAUGUGACGUUCCGAGAAAUUGGGAAACCUAUGUUUAAAUAUGUAGCAAACAUUCACGGAAAUGAAGCGGUUGGGAGACAGUUGUUACUUUACUUGUCACAGUAUUUAUUACAAAAUUAUGGAAAGAAUGAAAGGAUUUCCAAAAUUAUUGAUAAUGCAGAGAUUCAUAUCUUGCCAUCAAUGAAUCCUGAUGGUUUUGAAAAAGCCACUGAAGGCGAUUGUUGGGGAAGUCGUUUAGCAUCUGGUAGAGAAAAUGCUAAUGGAAAAGACCUGAAUAGAAACUUUCCUGAUCAGUUCACAAUGGAAGAUAGUAAUCCCACGAUAACGAACAAGAGAGAGCCAGAAACGGUUGCUGUUAUGUCCUGGAUAGUAAAUAAUCCAUUUGUUUUAUCAGCAAACUUGCAUGGGGGAUCAGUUGUAGCAAGUUAUCCAUUUGAUGAUUCUAAAAAGCAUGAGCCAAUGGGGCACCCAAGCCCGUCACCAGAUGACAGUGUGUUUAAAUAUCUUGCCAAACUUUAUGCUGAGAAGCAUCAAACAAUGCAUACUGAAAAGGUGUGCGAGUUAGACGAUUUUAAAGAUGGAAUAACCAAUGGAGCUGAGUGGUAUGAUGUAACAGGAGGAAUGCAAGACUUUAAUUACGUUUACAGUAACUGUUUUGAAAUCACUUUGGAGCUAACGUGUUGUAAGUAUCCACCAGCUAAAAAUCUCUCUGUGGAGUGGAAGAACAAUAAGGAAGCUCUUCUUGUGUACAUGGAGCAGGUUAAUCUUGGAGUUCGGGGUUUGGUGAAAGACAAAAAUGGACUAGGAAUUGAAAAAGCAUUUAUCAAAGUUGCAAGUAUCGAUCACAAUGUUACGAGUACACGAAGAGGGGAGUUCUGGCGUUUACUUCUUCCAGGAAUCUACAAUAUCACGGUUGAAGCACUUGGAUACAAUACACAAACAAAAUACGGAGUAUUAGUAGAAAAAGAUGUUCCCACGUGGUUAGAGUUUCAACUGAUUUCAACUGGUGACUUUGAGGUCCAAAGUAAAGAUCCAAAGAACAUUUCAAACCUUAACAGCACUAAAUCCAACAAAAAUAUCCAGCAAGAUGGAACAAUAAAGUUCACCCCUCAGAACCCCAGUGAUAGUGUAGACUUCGGAACACUUCCAGAAUUCAAACAUCACAACUAUAAUGCCAUGAAGCAAUCGUUGAAUAAAUAUGCUGACAAAUAUCCUCACAUUACACGAUUGUACAGCAUCGGACAGUCGGUGGAGGGUCGGGAGUUAUACGUCUUGGAGAUUACUGAUAAUCCAGGGAUUCACGAACCAGGUGAGCCUGAGUUUAAAUACAUUGGAAACAUGCACGGUAAUGAAGUAGUGGGACGGGAGAUGUUGCUGUUACUGAUUCAGCUGUUAUGUGAAGGGUACGGCAAUGAUGGACGAAUUACGUGGCUGGUUAACUCCACCCGCAUCCACAUCCUACCUUCACUAAAUCCAGACGGGUAUGAGAGAGCUAAUGAAGGUGAUUUUGAUGGGGUUCUAGGAAGAGGAAACGGUAACAAGGUAGAUUUGAAUCGAAAUUUUCCCGACCAGUUCCUGACGACAUCGGAAAAUUCUGUUCAGGAACCUGAAACUCUUGCUGUUAUGAAAUGGAUCAAGUCCUAUCCAUUUGUAUUAUCGGCUAACCUUCAUGGUGGAUCUCUGGUAGCUAAUUAUCCGUACGAUGACAAUCCACAGAAUGUUGACAAAAUUUACAGCCGGAGCCCUGAUGACGAAAUCUUCAAGAAACUAGCUACUGUUUUUGCAAAUGCCCACCAGACGAUGCAUCUUGGGAAAUCGUGCGAUUCUAGACUUGGGUUUUUAGGAGAACAUUUCCCGAAGGGGAUCACAAACGGUGCUGCCUGGUACAGUGUUCCUGGUGGUAUGCAAGAUUGGAAUUACCUAAACUCUAAUUGCUUUGAGCUUACGAUUGAACUUGGUUGUAAGAAGUUUCCAUUUGCGAAGGACUUACCAAGAUUUUGGAAUGAAAGUAAACCCGCUUUGUUAGCAUUUAUAGAAGAGGUUCACACUGGAAUCAAGGGCUUUGUGUUUGAUGAAAACAAUAAUCCUGUACCAAAUGCCACAAUUCAUGUUGAGGGUAUCGAUCAUGAUGUGAUUACAGCUGAGACUGGUGAUUAUUGGAGACUUCUUGUCCCUGGAGAUUUUACCAUUGUUGUUAAAGUUCCAGGUUACAAGCCACAAAAGCGAGACGUUACCGUUCCAAAUGACUGGGCCGUUCAAAUCAAUUUCACUCUGGACCAGCAGUUUUCGGAAUGGUCAAGUAGAAAUGACUAUGGACUGGAAAAGAAUAUUAACACCAAGAAGUACAUGUCUAACCAGGAGUUGUACCACAUUCUUCAUGAGCUGGGGAAGGAAAACUCGGAUCUAGUUAGUGUCAUGAUUAACAAUGGUCCUGAUGGGUUAAUGGUGCAGAAGUUUAUCAUCUUGUCAUCCAAUACAUCUGCAAACACAAAGACUAAACCUAGUGUCGUGAUGCUGGGUGGUAUCCAUGGGGACCAACCUGUUGGAAGAGAGAUAUUGGUGAAUCUUGCAAGACAUCUAAUUGAAGGUUACAGGCAACAAGAUCCUCAAAUAGUCCAGAUUUUGAAAACUUUGUCGGUGCAUAUAAUACCUUCAGUGGAUGAAAUUGGGUUCGACAGAGCUUCUUCAAACAGUUGUCAUCCAUCUCUGGACCCUAUGUUAGAUGUGGCAGACAAAUUCAGUCCUGAAUAUGAUGAUAAGUUUGGUCCGGUAGAGGCUUUGAAGAGAAACUGGGAAACCUACAAGUACUUGGCUGCUUUGAGCAUUGAAAGCGGAGGCCUUGGGAUUUUAUAUCCUAAAUCUGCUGACAAGGAAUCACAGGACAGCCUUUGGGCUCGGAAUUUAAAAGCCCUCGGCACUACUUAUUGGAAGAACCAUCCUCAGUUAUCUUCUGGUCAGUCUUGCCCUAGAGAACAGCAUCGGCCUAAGCCACAGAAAGGUUCUCUUCUUGAAUACGUUUACAAAAACUAUAGAUCUUCAAUUAUAGCAGCACAGGUCCACUGUUGUAGUUAUCCUUCAUCAGAAGAGUUAGCUGGGUUGUGGAUAGACAAUAUGAACCCUAUGAUUGAGUUCCUUUUGACAGCUAGUCAAGCCCAAGGAACUUACGCACUGCAUGUCGCUGCUCCUGGUUAUGAGAAUCAUACAGUUGUUUCUACUGUCGAGGAGAAGAAGCCAAAAAAGCUAAAUGUUGUUUUGGAGCCAGUAAUGUCAAGAUUGACUUAUCACAAUUUUUCUGAAGUUACAAACUUCAUGAAAACUUUGGUCAACAAUUAUUCCACUGUAUCACAACUGUACAGUAUUGGUAAAACUGUUGAGAAGCGAGACAUCUUAGUUCUUGAAAUAUCUGCUCACCCAGGCAAGCAUCAACCAGGAAUACCUGAAGUUCGUUACUUAGGUGGUCUCCAUGGAAACGACCUGGUCACAACAGAACUUUUAUUACAGUUAGCUAAUCACAUCCUUUCUCACUAUGGACGUGACACGGCCAUUACCGAGCUGGUGCAGAACACAAGAAUUCACAUUGCUCCCUUGCUGAAUCCGGAUGGGUUUGUGAAUGCUGUCCGUGAAGAGUGCAACAGUAAGGCAGGAUAUAACAACAAACGUGACAUUGACCUGGAUACGUCCUUUACUGAAACAACAACAGCUGCAGAAGAAACAAAGGCUAUUCAGGACUGGAUAUCCAAGACACCAAGUGUUCUUUCAGUGUCCCUGUUUACUGGAGCUUUGGUAGCAUCUUAUCCAUACAGGGCUAAUAACAUUGAUGGAACUCGUAAGACAUUGGACGAGGUGGAGGAAUUGGUGUUUAAGGAACUGGCAAGGGCUUAUGCUAAUGCCCACUCCCACAUGACGAAAGACGUCACUUGCCCAGAAUCUAAGUAUCAAAGCACAAAUGGAAUAGCUAAUGCUGCUGCCCUUCACCCUCAUUCUGGAAGCCUCAUGGACUUCAUCUAUGAUCAUGGUUACGGCUAUGACCUAGGCAUCUACGUCGAUUGCUGUGCAAGCCCUCAAGAGUCGAAGCUAUACGAUAUUUGGAAGGAUCAUCGACCUGCCUUGCUUGAAAUGUUGAGACUUGUUCACAAGGGAGUAAAAGGAUACGUCCGGUCUCACUAUAAUGACCCUAUUCCUAAUGCUGUUAUCAAGGUGGAGGGAACAGAUCACAUGGCUCGUAGUCAAGAAGCUGGGGACUUUUGGCGUCCCUUGGCUGAUGGAAAAUAUGUCAUUACUGUAGAGGCCCCUGGCUACGUACCACUUACAAAAAUAGUUCAAGUACACCACUACAAAGCUUCAGAUGUCACCUUUAAACUCCACAAGAACUCUCAGAUAGCAGGUGUUCCUCGAUAUAUCUUUGUAAUCGCAAUUGGUUCGGUGUCGCUGAUUGUGUUAGUCGGCAUCCUGUGCAUUUACAGCAUCGUCACAAGACAGAGAACUCGCUAUCAUGCUCUUCAUAAGCUACAAGCCAACACUUUAUUUGAUGAUGAAGACGACCUUGAUCCAAAAGAUCCCGAAUCUAUGAAGAAACUUCUGAAACCGGAAGAAUACAGGGAUGACACCAGUUCAGAAGAUGAACUGUAUAACACUUAUAAAUGGAAAAAUGGUAAACCACGGCGUCCUAUAUCAUCGUUUUGAAUAUCUGCCAUCCUUCUGUGUGUAACCUCCUUACAAGUUGCGUGUUUCACCCACCAGAGAGCACCACAGUUCUUCUAAAGUCACUGUCAAGAAAUAUUUUUUAUAAGAUACUUUUUUCGUGUACCUUUAUGCCAAAAUUAUUUUCAUGUUAAAUUUGAUAUUUUUAUCUUAUUAAUUUAAAUAGUACUAAAACGAAUUUGGAAAAAAAAAAUUCUAACUAUUUAAAUUAUUUAACUUAUCAAGGUCCAUAAUCGUGAGAGUUAAAUCUUCAUUGUAGUCGUUCAGUUCUUUAAAUGUUUUAUCAGGUACCAAUAUUGCUGUUUUGAAAUGGUGUUAGGUUGUUGUUUUUUAAUGUAUAUAUUGACGUGAGUCACAUCAUUUAUAAAUGAGGUAAGGAAGGUAGAGCAAUCAAUUAAUCAAUCUAGAAGCCAUAAGGAAAAUAACUUGAAAUUUUUAUAACCUGGAUUUUAUUUUUAAAAAAAAAUCACUAAAGACAUAUGUUCGAGAUUAACAUUUAAAUCAAAAUAGUAUAGAGUUCUAAAAGAAUAAAACAUUACGAAAUGCUUACUUAAAUUUUAUCACUUCGAUUUUAAACCGUGUUGUGCCUUAACUGUAGUAAGUAUUAUAACAGCACAUAAUAUUAUAUAUGUAUUUAAAAAAUAGUAUUUUUAUACUAAGUAGAAUAACAAAGAGGUAGAAACUUGUUGUUUUUUGUAAAGCUUUAUAAAUGUAGAAAGCUCACAGUCGUUGAUCAUUUUCGUGUACUGUUUCACUUUAUCAUAAACAAACCAUGGUGACAAUACUUUUAAAUUUACCAAUUUUCUGUAGUAGUUUUUUUUUCUUCAGUGCACAUUUGAGUUCCUUACAAAAGAAGAUAGUCUGAUAUAUAAAUGAUUUAGUUUUUUUGCUGUUCUUUUUUUUAUAAAUAGACUGGGUAAGAUAACCAUGCUUUUAGUAUUAGAGGUUGGAUGCAUAGGUUAGGUUUAGUUUUAUAGGCUCUAUUAUAACAGCAAUAAAUCUUACUGUUUUUUUUUUUUUAAUCUUCCUUGCUCUUAAAAAGAUUUUAUACAUGUUAACUGCUGGGACGUAUUUUAAUACAGUGUCGAGAUUAUAUCAUAUAUGUACUUAACUGAGAUGUUAUGAAUACGGAAACACUGUUAACAGUUAAAAACACUAGAUGUAACUUACUCAUGAAACUUCAAGUUUUUUCAUGCCCAGAGUUGAGGAUAAUUCUCGAAUGUUUCUUAAAAAAGUUGUUUUUGUAAUCAUGUGAUUGAGAAUUUCAAGACGUGGUCUGUUGCAGGAAAAUGGUGUGGAAAAGAAAAGUAUUUAUCUAUACAGAGGUUUGGGGUAGAUGAGACAUACUUAUAAGUUCACACAGUUUGUGAAAAUACAAUGUAAUAAUUUAGAAGUAAACCCAAAUCGUUCGGAAGAUUAACUCCCUCUCUCUUUUAAUAAAUGAAUUAUUUUAAAUACUAUACAAAACUAAUUUUUUUUUUUUACAUAUGCUCGUAUUUUGUACAGAACUUCCUAGCAUAACCUUUUGUAAAAAAAAAAUAUAUAUUUUCCAUAAAACGAAUUUUGUAUUCGGGAAACAGUACAUAAUUAAGUAUUUUUGUUACAGCAACUUCUGACAGUAGCACAGUGUAAUAAAAAUUACAAGAUUUUACAUAUUAUUUUUUGUAACAAGAUAACUGUAUUUUUGUAAACGAGUCUUUAGUAUUUUAAAGCAAGAGUCUCUUCCAAACCGUUCCUAAGUUGUAGGAAAAAAAUAUAUAUAUGUUUGCGUUAUGAUUUAGAACUGCUGCUCACAUCGGAUCGCUUUUCACCUAUUUGUGGCCUUGAAAAUAGACUCCUAACAUUACCAAGUGUCUUGAAAUUAAAAACGUGUGUAACUUUGUGUUAUAUAUUUCUUAAUUCACUUGAUUUAAUUUCUAAUAUUUUCACAAAACUUUCUUGUUUUGUAUUUAAACUGAGGUCACCUGUUGGCAAUAAUGUGAAACAGGAUGAUAAUUCCACAGUUAUAUUUCAAGCUCUCUCUCUCUCUCCGAAGGUUAAAAUAGCAUGCACAAUUUCAGUGUGUAUGAGUGAUUGAAGUUUGGUGUGAUUUUUGUUAAAGUUAAAAUGUUUCCCUUCAAGUCUUCCAAGUCGGUGUGAUAAAUAAAGAUUUUAACUGUCACGUA